UGAGCGAGGGAACUUCUUAAAGUCCCGCCGCCUCCCGGCGCUCCCAGGAGUCGCGGGGGAGCGGAGGCAUGGCCCGGGCGGGCGGCGGUGUGUGCCGCUGCUGCUGCUGGGCUCUCGUUCUCCUGUGGGCGGCGGCGGCGGGCGGCCGCGCAGAACUCCGCUAUGCAACUGUGUACUGGAAUAGAGCUGAAAAAAUACUUCAGGUCCGGAAUACUCUGGACAGGAGUGGAGAUGCUUAUGGCUUCUACAACAACAGUCUACAGACAACAGGCUGGGGAGUCCUGGAGAUCAGAGCAGGCUAUGGCUCUCAGACCUUAAGCAAUGAAGAUAUUAUGUAUGUUGCUGGCUUCUUGGAAGGCUAUCUCACAGCUCCGCAAAUGUAUGACCAUGCAGCAAAUAUGUAUCCACAGCUAAUUAAGACUCCCACCAUUCGAAGAGGAGUUCAGAAUUUUAUGGCGAAGCAAGAUCAAUGGACAAGACAACAAAUCAGAAAUAAUAAGGAUGACCCAUUUUGGAGGCAUGCUGGCUAUAUUAUUGCACAGUUGGAUGGUCUGUACAUGGGAGCCCUCGAGUGGGCUAAACUACACAAACUAUCACCACUGAGCAACUUUGAUGUCCAGUUUCUGAAUGCAGUUGGAGACCUGUUGGACCUUAUUCCUGCAUUAUUUGAUUAUUCUGCACGGGGUGGCCAAUGCAAUGUGGAUUCAGGAGGCCAUGGGAGAUACCAGUGGGACAUGGGACACUGCUCUGCACUGAUCAAGGUUCUACCUGGAUAUGAGAAUAUAUAUUUUGCCCAUUCCAGCUGGUUUACUUAUGCAGCCACACUGAGAAUUUAUAAGCAUUGGAACUUCAAUAUAGUUGAUCCAUACACCAGCACCGGCCGUGUCUCAUUCAGUAGUUACCCAGGCUUUUUGGUGUCCCUGGAUGACUUUUACAUACUGGGCAGUGGCUUGGUAAUGUUGCAGACUACCAACAGUGUUUUCAAUGAAACCCUCAUUAAGCAAGUGGUGCCUGAAUCCUUGCUAGCUUGGCAGAGGGUCCGCAUUGCCAACAUGAUGGCAAAUGAUGGCAAAACUUGGGCAGAGACCUUCUCAAAGUGCAACUCUGGAACCUACAACAAUCAGUACAUGGUUCUAGACCUGAAGAAGGUCAAGCUGCAGAGGAGCCUUGACGAUGGUGCAUUGUACAUUGUUGAGCAGAUCCCAACCCUUGUGGAGUAUUCUGAUCAAACAAAUGUUCUCCGGAAAGGUUACUGGCCUUCAUACAAUAUCCCUUUCCAUGAAAAGAUUUACAAUCUCAGUGGGUAUGCAUCAUACGUUGUCAAGUACGGCAUGGAUUUCUCCUAUGAGCUUGCUCCAAGAGCCAAAAUCUUCCGUCGAGACCAGGGCAAGGUGACCAACUUGGAAAGCAUGAAGUACAUCAUGAGAUACAACAACUAUCAGCAUGAUCCUUAUGCUGAACACAAUCCUUGCAACACCAUUUGCUGCCGGGAAGACCUGAAUCCUUCUUUACCAGUGCCUGCAGGCUGCUAUGACUCCAAGGUGUCGGAUUUCCGCCUGGCUGCAGCAUUCACAGCCUCCGCCAUCAAUGGCCCUCCGGUGCAGGGCGGUCUCCCGGUCUUCAGCUGGAGACGCUUCAACCGCACGCGGCACCAGGGCCUGCCCGAGUCCUACAACUUCGGUUUUGUCACCAUGAGGCCCAUCCUGUAAAACCAGCGUCAGUAUCCACGAGUGGAUUUUUUUUUAAUGGAAAUUUUAUUUCUUGUGUAAUAAAUCGACCUGGAUAUCCACAUCCCUGUGCCUUAUACCUGCCUUCCCACGUCCUGCCUGCUAAGGACUUUGUACUGAUAUUGGCUGCUUCUCUGCAGCCCCAAAGCAUGUUCCUUUCUUCUGAGCUGUUUGGGUGGCCCUUUCUCUGACUAGGAUUGAUGAGAAGCAGGUGGCAGAGCUUUGUGUUGAUCUGAGCCAUCAUCACAGCUGUUCCUAGAGCAGGAGUGAGGAGCAAUGCCAGCAGUGGGAGUGAUCUGUUUCUGGGUAGUAGCUGGGCCAAACUAGGUGGCUGCUUUGGGCUGUGAUGGCCUUACCUCAAUGCUGGCUUGAUGUCUGCCUUUUGUCUGAGUAGUGUGCUGCAAGUUGCUUCCCAUCAAGUGUAUGUUCUCUGUGGCAGAUCAGUCUGUUAUGUACAGGAUGUGACUUUCAGUGGCACUGUCAAGACUUCCUUGGUGUGGCCAGAGCAGCUGGCAAUGUCAGGCUUCGAAAGAGGGUGAAGGGAAGUGGCCUGAUCCUUUGGAAAUGCCUCUGCCCCAGGCUGCAGGGACAGAAAUGUGAUGCAAUGGAUCUCUUACACGGGAUCUCUCUCUUGGAAUGGAUCAGCCCAUGCAGUUGCUCAGUGCCAUCUUUGCCUGCUCUUUCAGCUGUGGCAGGGGAACCUGACAGCGAGAUGUGUGUGAGGGCCAGGGCUGUGCACAUUGCUCUUAGCUGUGUUUACACCAAGGAGUCAAGUCACUAUACUGUUUUGUGCUAGAUGUUCUAUGUGUAAUUAAGUGAAACAAAAUAAACAGCUCUUUCCUCA